AUGAAGAAACGUGUUCGAUCAGGAACCACGAAGAAAAGAAGCGAAUUGAAGAAUGAAACACCAACUCCGGCGUCGGAGUUAUCACCGGUCAUUCUGCUGGAGUUUUUUUGGUCAAGCAAAGGAAUAUCAUUUGAUGAAACACGGGCACAUGAGUUAUCGCCUGUGUUGUCGCUGGUCUUUGGCGGGUUUCUGCAAGUUCGAUUUUCAGCAGCUUCAGGAAACCUAUUCCAACACAAAUUCACUUGUACUAUAGCAUCUGUCCAAAUUCUCGACGUGCUUUUUCUCGCAAACUUGGGACAAUCAAAGACAGUCUUCACACAUUUGACAGUGUACGACCAUGAAUAUCGAAGUGGAGAUGCUCACCCUAUUUUCCCAGUUGCAGGUCUCCCAAACAAAACUUGGGGCUUUAACCAAUUUGGAACUGUUUUCGUCCUCGAUAAUUUCUUGACACAAAGCAUUUCACCCAGAUCCGGACUAGUUGGUCGUUUGCAAGGCUUAGUUGCAGUGGCAUCCCUUGAUAACAUCAACCUAGAGCUUGCGUUUAUGAUUCUGUUCUCUAAUGGAAAGUACAAUGGUAUCACUGUGGAAAUAAAAGGAAUUGUCAUACAGUCUGUGGAUGUCAAAGAAGUUGCAAUUGUAAGAGGAACCAAACAAUUUCGGCAUGCAACAGGGUAUAUUACCUUUGAGACGGUCCGCUCAGUAGGAGAUUAUGACAGGAAAUAA